AUGACACACCGGUUCUUUGAGGGGAAGGAUCAUGCCUCCAUCUACCAAAAGUAUCGCUUUGCGCCUCCAGAUGAAGUCAAAGAUAUUCUUCUGCGAUACUUAGAUGAAAAGAAGGGACAGCCACAUGUGCUGGCAGUAGAUCUGGGAUGUGGGACAGGCCAGACCACUCGUCUGUUGGCGCCGCACUUUAAAGAAGUCGUGGGAAUUGACAUCAGUGAGUGUCAGCUGGAGGAGGCCAGAGCUGUGCCCGGGUUCUCCAACAUCGAGUACAGGAAAGGGAGAACAGAGGAGCUUCCAUUCUCUGACGGCUCUGUAGACUUGGUGACGGCAUCAGCAGCAGCCCACUGGUUUGACCACUCCAGGUUCCUGGCUGAGGCCAAUCGGGUUCUGAAGCCCCGGGGCUGCAUUGCUCUGCUGAGUUACACCAAUCAGAACAACAGUCUUUCCUACCAGAACUGUGGAGAACAACUUAACAGCCUCUAUGAAGAGGUGAAACAGCUGCUGAUGCCAUACACCAGCAACAUCCCAGAAGCUCAGUGUAACAGUAAACUGGAGGAGUUAUACUCUGCCAUCCCUUUUCCAGACAAAGAACGGUAA